AUGAUGUUGAACCUCGUUACUUUUCUCCGUCGCCGUCUCCGCCGUCCCAGGAAGGCCAGAAUCUCCGUCAACCACCACCGCUCCGGCGAUGAGUCCACAGCUGCAGGUAACAAUGGGUUUUCUUCGGCAGCUGCCAUCCACCCGAACCCCGAGAAAGCCAUCCGAGUGGCCACCUUUAACGCUGCUAUGUUCUCCAUGGCUCCGGCCGUCCCCGACAACAGAGACUUUACCGGUUUGCCACUCCGGCCCAAGUCAACCGUUGACCUCCCCAAGAGCAUACUCAAGCAGUCUCCCCUUCACCCCAUGAUGAACGCCAAUCCAGCCUCAAGAAAACAGAUGAAAUUUGCCAAGUCGAGGCUAAGGGUCUCCAUCAAUCUCCCCGACAACGAGAUUAGUCGCCAGCUCAGUUUCCGGGAGGAUCCACAGCACUCUCCUCUCAGGCCAGCUCUGUCUUUCUCCGGCGAGAUCGGUCUCCGGAGUACCAGAACGGUUCUUGAAGUGCUGAGGGAGCUAGACGCAGACGUACUGGCUCUUCAGGACGUGAAGGCCGACGAGGCUGACCAAAUGCGACCGCUCUCGGAUCUUGCGGCGGCUCUCGGCAUGAACUACGUCUUCGCCGAGAGCUGGGCGCCGGAGUACGGAAACGCCGUUCUCUCUAAGUGGCCCAUCAAGAACUCCAAUGUCCACAAGAUCUUUGACCACACUGAUUUCAGGAACGUCCUAAAGGCGACCAUAGAUGUUCCGGGGAGUGGGGAAGUGGAAUUUCACUGCACUCAUCUUGAUCACUUGGAUGAAAAAUGGAGAAUGAAGCAAGUCGAUGCAAUUAUCCAAUCUACCAACGUACCUCACAUACUCGCUGGCGCUCUCAAUUCCCUCGACGAAUCCGAUUAUUCUCCGGAGAGAUGGACCGAUAUAGUCAAGUAUUACGAAGAGAUGGGUAAGCCAACACCAAAAGCCCAAGUGAUGAGGUUCUUGAAGAGCAAAGAAUACACUGACGCUAAGGAUUUUUCUGGAGAAUGCGAAUCUGUUGUAGUGGUCGCUAAAGGCCAGAGUGUACAAGGUACAUGCAAGUACGGGACACGCGUGGACUACAUACUGGCUUCCUCAGAUUCGCCGUACCGGUUCGUGCCAGGGUCGUAUUCGGUCUUGUCCUCUAAAGGAACAUCGGAUCAUCACAUAGUGAAGGUGGAUGUUGUAAAAGCCAAAUCCAUCAACGUGGAUGAGCAGCGCCCAAGAAGACAGACGCAGCAGAGAGUUACAAAGACUAACCCGUCUCUCGCAAAGGCCUCGUGGAAGACGCAUUACUAUAAAGCGUGA